AGAUAACUCUAGAAAUCAAAGAUGCUGUUUAUUGGUAGAGUUAGCAUUCUUGAACUUACAGGCGUGUUUAUGCUGGGCGUUGGUGUACUUCUAAACACUGCUGGACUUGCCACACCGGGGUUGGUAGAACUUGCAACAUAUGGUGGUUAUAUGUCUCUAGGUCUGUGGAAAUAUUGCUGGCGGGAGAUGUGUGCAAAGUACAAAUAUGAAACUGUGCAUUGUAAGUUAUUUGUUCAUUAUCACAAGUCAGCAAUGCUUUGUUAGUUAUCUGUUCAUUAUCACAAGUCAGCAAUGCUUUGUUAGUUAUCUGUUCAUUAUCACAAGUUAGCAAUGCUUUGCAAGUUAUCUGUUCAUUAUUACAAGUCAGCAAUGCUUUGUAAGUUAUAUGUUCAUUAUCACAAGUCAGAAUGCUUUGUAAGUUAUCUGUUCAUUAUCACAAGUCAGCAAUGCUUUGUAAGUUAUUUGUUCAUAUCACAAGUCAGCAAUGCUUUGUUAGUUAUCUGUUCAUUAUCACAAGUCAGCAAUGCUUUGUAAGUUAUUUGUUCAUUAUCACAACCAGCAAUGCUUUGUUAGUUAUCUGUUCAUUAUCACAAGUCAGCAAUGCUUUGUUAGUUAUCUGUUCAUUAUCACAAGUCAGCAAUGCUUUGUUAGUUAUCUGUUCAUUAUCACAAGUCAGCAAUGCUUUGUUAGUUAUCUGUUCAUUAUCACAAGUCAGAAAUGCUUUGUAAGUUAUCUGUUCAUUAUCACAAGUCAGCAAUGCUUUGUAAGUUAUCUGUUCAUUAUCACAAGUCAGCAAUGCUUUGUAAGUUAUUUGUUCUAUAUCACAAGUCAGCAAUGCUUUGUUAGUUAUCUGUUCAUUAUCACAAGUCAGCAGGGCUUUGUUAGUUAUCUGUUCAUUAUCACAAGUCAGCAAUGCUUUGUUAGUUAUCUGUUCAUUAUCACAAGUCAGCAAUUUUUUGUAAGUUAUUUGUUCAUUAUCAAUACCAGCAAUGCUUUGUUAGUUAUCUGUUCAUUAUCACAAGUCAGCAAUGCCUUGUUAAAUAUCUGUUCAUUAUCACAUGUCAGCAAUGCUUUGUUAGUUAUCUGUUCAUUAUCACAUGUCAGCAAUGCUUUGUUAGUUAUCUGUUCAUUAUCACAAGUCAGCAAUGCUUUGUUAGUUAUCUGUUUAUUAUCACAAUUCAGCAAUGCUUUGUAAGUUAUCUGUUCAUUAUUACAAUUCAGCAAUGCUUUGUAAGUUAUCUGUUCAUUAUCACAAGUCAGCAAUGCUUUGUAAGUUAUUUGUUCAUUAUCACAAGUCAGCAAUGCUUUGUAAGUUAUCUGUUCAUUAUCACAAGUCAGCAAUGCUUUGUUAGUUAUCUGUUCAUUAUCACAAGUCAGCAAUGCUUUGUAAGUUAUUUGUUCAUUAUCACAAGUCAGCAAUGCUUUGUAAGUUAUCUGUUCAUUAUCACAAGUCAGCAAUGCUUUGUUAGUUAUCUGUUCAUUAUCACAAGUCAGCAAUGCUUUGUUAGUUAUCAGUUCAUUAUCACAAGUCAGCAAUGCUUUGUUAGUUAUCUGUUCAUUAUCUUAAGUCAGCAAUGCUUUGUUAGUUAUCUGUUCAUUAUCACAAGUCAGCAAUGCUUUGUAAGUUAUUUGUUCAUUAUCACAAGUCAGCAGGACUUUUUUAGUUAUAUGUUAAUUAUCACAAUUUAGCAAUGCUUUGUUAGUUAUCUGUUCAUUAUCACAAGUCAGCAAUGCUUUGUUAGUUAUCUGUUCAUUAUCACAAUUUAGCAAUGCUUUGUUAGUUAUCUGUUCAUUAUCACAAGUCAGCAAUGCUUUGUUAGUUAUCUGUUUAUUAUCACAAUUCAGCAAUGCUUUGUAAGUUAUCUGUUCAUUAUCACAAGUCAGCAAUGCUUUGUAAGUUAGUUGUUCUAUAUCACAAGUCAGCAAUGCUUUGUUAGUUAUAUGUUCAUAAUCACAAGUCAGCAGGGCUUUGUUAGUUAUCUGUUCAUUAUCACAAGUCAGCAAUGUUUGUUAGUUAUCUGUUCAUUAUCACAAGUCAGCAACUUUUUGUAAGUUAUCUGUUCAUUAUCACAAGUCAGCAAUGCUUUGUUAGUUAUCAGUUCAUUAUCACAAGUCAGCAAUGCUUUGUUAGUUAUCUGUUCAUUAUCUUAAGUCAGCAAUGCUUUGUUAGUUAUCUGUUCAUUAUCACAAGUCAGCAAUGCUUUCUUAGUUAUCUGUUCAUUAUCACAAGUCAGCAAUGCUUUGUAAGUUAUCUGUUCAUUAUCACAAGUCAGCAAUGCUCUGUAAUUUAUUUGUUCAUUAUCACAAGUCAGCAAUGCUUUGUUAGUUAUCUGUUCAUUAUCACAAGUCAGCAAUGCUUUGUUAGUUAUCUGUUCAUUAUCACAAGUCAGCAAUGCUUUGUAAGUUAUCUGUUCAUUAUGACAAGUCAGCAAUGCUUUGUUAGUUAUCUGUUCAUUAUCACAAGUCAGCAAUGGUUUGUUAGUUAUCUGUUCAUUAUCACAAGUUAGCAAUGCUUUGCAAGUUAUCUGUUCAUUAUUACAAGUCAGCAAUGCUUUGUAAGUUAUCUGUUCAUUAUCACAUGUCGGAAUGCUGUGUAAUUUAUCUGUUCAUUAUCAAAAGUCAGCAAUGCUUUGUAAGUUAUUUGUUCAUUAUCACAAUUUAGCAAUGCUUUGUUAGUUAUCUGUUCAUUAUCACAAGUCAGCAAUGCUUUGUUAGUUAUCUGUUUAUUAUCACAAUUCAGCAAUGCUUUGUAAGUUAUCUGUUCAUUAUUACAAUUCAGCAAUGCUUUGUAAGUUAUCUGUUCAUUAUCACAAGUCAGCAAUGCUUUGUAAGUUAUUUGUUCAUUAUCACAAGUCAGCAAUGCUUUGUUAGUUAUCUGUUCAUUAUCACAAGUCAGAAAUGCUUUGUUAGUUAUAUGUUCAUUAUCACAAGUCAGCAAUGCUUUGCUAGUUAUCUGUUCAUUAUCACAAGUCAGCAAUGCUUUGUUAGUUAUCUGUUUAUUAUCACAAGUCAGCAAUGCUUUGUAAGUUAUCUGUUCAUUAUCACAAGUCAGCAAUGCUUUGUAAGUUAUUUCUUCUAUAUCACAAUUCAGCAAUGCUUUGUUAGUUAUCUGUUCAUAAUCACAAGUCAGCAGGGCUUUGUUAGUUAUCUGUUCAUUAUCACAAGUCAGCAAUGCUUUGUUAGUUAUCUGUUCAUUAUCACAAGUCAGCAAUGCUUUGUAAGUUAUCUGUUCAUUAUCUUAAGUCAGCAAUGCCUUGUUAGUUAUCUGUUCAUUAUCACAAGUCAGCAAUGCUUUGUAAGUUAUCUGUUCAUUAUCACAAGUCAGCAAUGCUUUGUAAGUUAUCUGUUCAUUAUCUUAAGUCAGCAAUGCCUUGUUAGUUAUCUGUUCAUUAUCACAAGUCAGCAAUGCUUUGUAAGUUAUCUGUUCAUUAUCACAAGUCAGCAAUGCUUUGUAAGUUAUUUGUUCAUUAUCACAAGUCAUUAAUGCUUUGUAAGUUAUUUGUUCAUUAUCACAAGUCAGCAAUGCUUUGUAAGUUAUCUGUUCAUUAUCACAAGUCAGCAAUGCUUUGUUAGUUAUCUGUUCAUUAUCACAAGUCAGCAAUGCUUUGUUAGUUAUCUGUUCAUUAUCACAAGUCAGAAAUUUUUUUUAAAGUUACCUGUUCAUUAUCACAAGUCAGCAAUGCUUUGUUAGUUAUCUGUUCAUUAUCACAAGUCAGCAAUGCUUUGUAAGUUAUUUGUUCAUUAUCACAAGCCAGCAAUGCUUUGUUAGUUAUCUGUUCAUUAUCACAAGUCAGCAAUGCUAUGUAAGUUAUUUGUUCAUUAUCACAAGUCAGCAAUGUUCUUUAUAAAGUCAAAUUACACCUACAUUUUAUUUCCACCAUAAAAUAACUGCAGUAAUUAUAAAAAUACGUUCAACAAUCAGUUGUUCCAAUGCAUUUGUGUUGCCGGAGAAGCAUGUGUAUGUUAAUGUGUUUGAAUGUGUGUUUUAAUCGGCUAAACAUACUGGAUCAGUACAUGAAGCAGUUUUAUUCGUAUAUUCAGUUUGAAGUAAGAAGUUAGUGGGGGACAAGAAGACUUGCUACUCAUCAUUAACAGAUCAAUUAUGGAUUUUCUAAUUCUUUUUUUUUUUUUAAAUUAUCUAUGCGUUUAACAGGUAAAUUUAGACACCUAGCUUAGACUUUUACAAUCAUUUAAUCUAUUUAAGAUUUGGCGGUUUGGGGUGGGGGGGGGGGGGGGGGGGGAGAAAUCAUAGAUGCACACAUGUUUUAUUGAUGUAAUAACCCCCCCUCCAUAAAAAAUAAUAUAUGUAUAAUUAUUAUAUUAUAAAUAUUAUAUAUAUAAUUAUAUCAAAUCACACACUAAUAGUUUAAAUUCGACAAAAAUUUAAAGUGAGCUGUGACUUGAAGGUAAACUACGUCCAAAUGACUUUCAAUGUCAGACAUUGCUUAGCUGAAAUUUUUAUAAAAAUCAAAUCUUACAGUGCAGUGCACAUAUAUGAUUCACGCUAGUACCCGAAACAUAUAUUUCUUUUUUUUUAAAUUUAACAAAAUGUAUGGCAAUAUAAAGUUAACUAAAAUAUCAUCAACUGUUAAUUGAUGAAAAAUGAAAAAAAAAAAACAAUAUUGUUGACAUGUAUAUUUUUUUGUUCCUUGUAGUUCAUGACAUUCAGCAAAUACUGAUACGUGGUCAAGUCUUCGCCAUAUUAGCGAUGGUAUCCAGUUGCCUGGGCUUGGCCCUGACCUUCACCUCUGUUGCGUUACGUCAGAUGGGUAAACCAAAGAUCGGUUUUCUUCACGUGAUUUCAUUUGUCGCGUAUAAAUUUUCACGUAAGUUCAUUGAUGACGUCAAAAGUCUCUGUCCGUAAUCUCAAAGCCAACACGUUUGUGGUAAAAACAUUGCAAUGAUUUAAUUUGCUCACGUAGAGCUGAAUAUUGGGAACUAUUGUAAAAUGCAUUACUAUUUGAUCUAUUAGAGACUCCGUUCCUCGUGUCGAGUAUAGGCGUUUAAUAAUGAUUGUUGCCACUGAAUAGUAUUAUUUUAUUAUGCUUUAUUACGCGCGGUGUGCGUUUGAGAGUUCUAUUAGUUUGUGAACGCUCUUCUCGCGCUUGACUCUGUGACGUAUUUUUAUGCUGAUUGUGACGUAUUGUCUAGACGGUAUUGUGGCGUAAGUUUUAAUCGUGCGGCAGUAUGGAAUGGAACUUUGUGGAAGUUGGAUGUGUAUUAUUUAUGUCUGAAAGCGAGCUGCACUACAUUCAUGUGUUUAUGUCUAUAGUAUAUACUUAGAUAUUAAAGUUAUAAUUAUUAUGAAAAGGAAUUGAGUUUAUUCAGUGAUAGCUAGAAUAGUACGACGUAUUCAACGUGUGAAAGAACCUGGCGAAUUAAUGAAUUUAGUAGAACAUAUGAGUUGACAAAGCUUCAUUUUUAAAACUCUAUAUUUCAGUUGCUUUCAUCCUGAGAACACUCAUUGUGUGUGGCGUUAUGUUACAGCCGUCGAUCCUUGAGAUCGGCUACUCCUUUAUCCUGAGUACCAUCGGUGGCAUCAUGAUUCUUGUGGGCAAUAUCGUAUUUUAUCUGGCCAUUAAAAAAGUAGACGACACGCCUCAACAUACACGCCUAAUUGACCAGUCUUAACUUGCCUUAGGACAGACAGACGGACAGAGGGCCGGAUGGACAGACAGACGGACAGACACUGGGACGGACGGCCAAACAGACAGACGGACACAUGGAGGUAAAGGCUAAGCUCUGAUGAGAAAACAUCACAAUACUUCAGGAACUAACUAUCCAAACAAACAAGUAGAGAAACUCGGAACCAUCCCGAUUAAGAAACACACUGUCAGGGGUCAUCAAGAUUGUGUCAGUGGAGGGCGAGUCCUGAAACCCGUGUUGUGGCUAAUGGUGGACACUUCGAAUAAAUAUUAUAGUUCAUAUUAUUAACAAUUAAACAUUAGAAUUAAAAUGAGUUUUGAAAUUGAGAAAAGUGUAUAAAUAUUUAUAAAAAUUCCAGAAAUGUGUCUCUAAAUUACGAACAGAUUUAAUAAUGGCUUUCAAAAUGUUAUUUCGUUACAUACAUAUCUGAAGAAUUUGAAAGGUUUUGACAAUAAAUGAAAGAC